AUGAAGGUCCUCAUCCUCGCCUGCCUGGUGGCUCUUGCUCUUGCAAGAGAGAAGGAAGAACUCACUGUAUCCACUGAGACUGUGGAAAGUCUUUCAAGCAGUGAGGAAUCUAUUACACACAUCAACAAGCAGAAACUUGAGAAUCUUAAACGUGAGGAGCAGCAGCAGAGACAGGAGGAACGCCAGAAUAAAAUCCACCCUGUUUUCCAGCCACAGCCUCUAGUCUAUCCUUAUGCUGAGCCCAUUCCUUACCCUGUUCUUCCACAGAACAUCCUUCCCCUUGCUCAGCCUGCUAUGGUGCUGCCUUUCCUUCAGCCUGAAAUAAUGGAAAUCCCCAAAGUUAAGGAGACUAUCUUUCCCAGGCGCAAAGUGAUGCCCAUUGUGAAAUCUCCAGUAGUGCCCUCUUUGGACAGCCAAAUCGUGAAUCUCACUGAUCUUGAAAGUCUGCACUUGCCUCUGCCUCUGCCUCUGUCUCUACUCCAGCCCCUGAUGCACCAGAUCCCCCAGCCUCUUCCUCAGACUACCAUGCUUCCUCCUCAGCCACUGCUGUCCAUCCCACAGCCAAAAGUCAUGCCUUUUCCCCAGCAAAUUGUGCCCUACCUCCAGAGAGACAUGCCCUUGCAAACCCUACUGCUGUACCAGGAUGCCACCCGUGAGGCCCAACCUGUGACUGCCCCAGUUUACAAUCCCGUUAUUGUCUAA